AUGAUACUCGACAACUGGAUGCCAUGGCACAGAGUCAGCUAUGACUUUAGACUAAUGGAUAUCAACAGCCUCAAAGGAAUAUGUGUGUUUUCUCGCGAAUCUGUGAUCGCUGUCACAUGUAAUGUCGAGUCCAUGGAGUAUCGUCGGCGCCAAAAUCCCGCCAUUGGAUACGAAGAGCAUCCAAGAGCUGGAAGAACAGAUAAUGUUAAAGCAUUCUUUGCACUUGUGCAGCGUUUCCUUGGAAACAUUUUCACCCUGAAGGAUUUUAAGUUUGCUUGGCAGAAACUUUCGAGGGAGUUCUGCAAGUGGAUGAGCCCUGAUUUACUGUUCUACUAUUGGACGGUAAAUGAGCGUUUUAGAGAUUUCGGCCAGCCACUCCCCUCAUUCAACAACAAUGAUGAUGAUGACGCUAGCAGUGAUGAGGAUCCUCAGGAACACCCCUUACGUCUUCACAGACUCUCUCUCAACAGCAGAGAGGAUUCCUCUAUCUUUGUGGCAGGACGGUCUUUUCUGCCAACCAGGAACCAGCGUACCAUCAGGCAGAGAAUCUUCAAGCCAUGUGCACACCUUCCACAACCAAGAUGCACCUAAUGAUUUUUUUUUUCCUUUCUGGCAUUAGAAUUGCCAUUGAUAGGGUACGAAGAGGCAUUUAUUUGUUUUUGGAUUUGUAUUUAUUUUUCUUUGUCUCAAACCAGGCUAUAUUUGAGUGUUGGGCAGAUACAUUGUUUCAAGGAUAUAGUAUCAUGAUUCUUUUUUUAUUAUUAUUCCUUGGGCCUGUGUUAAAAUUUCUAUCAAGUAAUUUGUUAGUUUCAUAUAAAACAUGAAGUACUUGGAAAUUGGAAUUUUAUUACCUAAGCAGAGUGUAGAUUGAUACUAGUAGUGUAGAUUGAUACUUGGUCAAAUUACAUUGAGACGUUUUGUUGUGCUCUUAUGUACCAAUUGUUUAAAUUCACUGCAGAAAAAAGCACUGAAGGCAAUAAAGGUGCCUUGCUCUUUUUUACAACCCCAUGUGGACACAAGUAUAUUCGAUUUGUAUCUGGCUUUACAAUACCCAGAUAAACAUGCAUAGUUACUAUUAUUUUUUAAUCAUGGGUGCUAUUCAUAAUUCACUAAAUAGAGCAUUUUGAAAUUGAUUGAGGAGCUAUUGUUUAGAAGAAGAAAAAAUUAUCGCAUAUUAUAUUCUUAAAAAUUCUAAUAAUGAAACUUAGUAACAA